CCAUAACCCGGUUAUCAACCGGUCAAGUAUCUGGCGCUUAUCAUGAUGCUGUCGCCCUGCCAGUACCCUGCGCUGUGCGGUUGAUCAAGGGACUAUUGGAAAUGCUCAGCGCUCAACUGGCCGCCACAAAUACGACGCUACAGGUCUGGACCCCAGUGCAAUCAACCUGGAUACUAUUGGUUAAUGACAAGUGAAGCUCACCAGUGACCCUGUAGCUUCUUCUCUUCAUAGUAUAACAGCUCAUCUUGAUUCAAGGAACGGCAAUCCCACGUCCUUCUGUCAUUGCGAAAUCAGCUCAUUUACCUUUACUUGUUCAUUCUCUAACACUCAAGACCAUCAAAGUCCAUGUCAGUCACCAUCCCAAUGCCUCCUACACCCGCAGUUGGAGAGUUUGCAAAAGCUCCUCCCAAUGCCAGCAGAAGUCCCUGCCCUGUUGUCAAUGCUCUCGCGAACCAUGGCUACCUUGAGCGCAGUGGACGCGGCAUUUUCAUGGAUGAUCUCAACGCCUCAAUGAAACACGUCGGCAUGAGUCCUCUCCUCGGCUCUGUCUUCGCCAUCCCCACCUACUUUGAGUACCAAAACCCUGCCAAGGCAUACAUGAAAAAGCCUGUUGGCACAUGGCAGAGGAUUUGGUCGCUCAUCAAGAACCCUUAUUCCUUUUUUGACUAUUUCGGCUGCUGGAAUCCGAAGCAAAUCACUGAUGGGAAGAAGUAUCUCAAUCUUGAGAAUCUUGCUUCUCAUGGCGCUAUCGAGCAUGACAUCUCCCUGUCAAGACGGGACAUUGCUCAAAAGCAGGGAAACAAUGAUCCUCAACAAGAUUUGAUCGAAGAGAUGCUGGAAUAUUCUUAUGAUGGUGAAACUCUCACCAUUCCAGAUCUUGCCCAGUUCAUAAAGGCUCGUAUCUCACGGCAACUGGAGGAUAAUCCAGAGUUGGUUUAUGGACCAGCUGAACAUCAGGUCAACUGCGGCCAGCUCGCACUCAUGAUGGGCUGUUUUGGAGAUGGAAAGACGAUUCCAGUCAAGUAUGUCAGAGCUAUCUUUGAAGACGAGAGACUGCCUAUUGAGGAAGGCUGGAAGAGGCGAUCGUGGUGGACGAUGGGUCUUGUUGAGUUCUUUGGUGCUGUCAAGAACUUGGUCAAUGCUGUUGGCGUGCAGUUCUAGCUUUCUCGUCAUUAAUCGUACUGUUUAUUUUACAAUUCUACACAUGUCUGUUCAACGUGGGAGUAAUAAUUAGUUGAGACUGUGAGCC